AGGCUGUGUGGUCUGUUUGCUGUGCAGGUCAUGAUGGAUCGAGCAGCUCUCCGGCUGAUUCUCUUGGGUGUUUUUCUCAUCUCAGCCUCUUCAGGUGUUGUUAAGAAGAAACAAAAUGUGGAUAUAUACAGCUUCUACAUUAACUCCACGGUCACCAGUCGCUACGCCACAACAGUCAUCACAAGCCGUGUUGCGAACACACUGAAUGAAUCUCAAGAGAUCCAGUUCGAGGUCAAGAUUCCCAAGAAUGCCUUCAUCAGCAAAUUCAGAAUGGUUAUAGAGGGAAAAACAUAUGAUGGAGUUGUGAAGGAAAAAGAGGAAGCUCAGCAGCAAUACAGUCAAGCAGUAUCUCGAGGUCAAAGUGCUGGACUGGUCAAAUCUGUUGGAAGGACUUUAGAGGACUUUAAAACCUCAGUGACAGUGGCUGCUUUUAGUAAAGUGACGUUUGAGUUGACCUACGAGAAACUGUUAAAGCGGCGCCUCGGCAAAUAUGAGCUACUCAUCAAUGCCCAACUGAUGCAGCCUGUGGCUGACUUCAAGGUUAAUGGAAGAAAUGAAUAGGACCAGGGCCGUGCACAGACCUUUUGAGGGGCAUGUGCUGAAACUGAAAAAGGGCACAGCUUAGAUGCAUGGGUGUCCUUCUACCCCACUCGAGAUCAACAGACCAAGUGUAAAAGCUGUGGAGAAAAUGGGUUGAAUGGUGACCUGCUCAUAACAUACGAUGUGGAGAGACGAAAUCCCAAAGGAGAAGUCAUGGUAUCAAAUGGCUAUUUCGUCCACUACUUUGCCCCCUCUGAUGUUCCACGUAUUUCCAAAAAUGUGGUGUUUAUCAUUGAUCGGAGUGGUUCUAUGAGCGGCAGAAAAAUAGAACAGACUCGAUUGGCACUGCUAAGGAUUUUGAGUGAUCUUGAUGAAGAUGACCACUUUGGAUUGAUCACCUUUGACAGUGAAGUUAACUUAUGGAAGCGUGAGCUCCUCAAAGCUACUGAGGCAAAUCUGAAGAAUGCGAAAUCUUUCGUGAAUGAGAUCACAGAUAGAGGAGCCACGGACAUAAAUGCUGCAGUUCUAGCAGGAGUGGACAUGAUCAAUCGACAUCCACGAGAGGGAACAGCCUCCAUCCUGAUCCUGCUGACUGACGGAGAUCCCACUUCAGGUCUGACCAACAUAGAGAAGAUAAUGGCCAAUGUGAAAAAGGCCAUUGGGACAAAGUUUCCCCUCUAUUGCCUUGGUUUUGGAUAUGAUGUUAACUUUGAGUUCCUGACAAAGAUGUCACUGGAAAAUGGUGGAGUUGCUUGCAGGAUUUAUGAAGAUUCAGACGCUGAUCUACAGCUGCAGGGCUUCUAUGAAGAAGUUGCCGUCCCUCUCCUCACUGAUAUUCAACUUAAAUACCCAGUAGGGACAAACCUUACCAAGACCAGCUUUAGCUUGUACUUCAAUGGCUCUGAGAUUGUGGUGUCAGGACAAAUCACAGACAACAGUGUGGAGAGUUUCACCACUGAAGUCAUCGCAGUAUCAAAAGGCAGUAAUGUGACAUAUCAGGACACUACAAUGACAAAAGACCACAGUGAUGUCCCACCUGAGAAUGAAGAUUUCAUGCAGAGAUUGUGGGCCUACCUUACAGUGAAGCAGCUUCUGGAGAGACAGGUGCUUCUUAAAGGACAGGAGAAAGAGGAUGAAAAAAAAGAAGCUCUCAAACUCUUCAUGAAAUACCAGUUUGUCACUCACCUCACCUCUAUGGUUGUCACUAAGCCGCAGGAAGGUGACGUGGAAGUAGCCAACAAACCCAAAGAGGGAGAAAGGGGAGAAAAGGGAGAAAGGGGACAUGUUUAUUUGGAUUAUUUUGACUCGGCAUUACAAGGGCACAACAGUGCAGGGGAUUAUGAGAUGCUUCAUCACAUGCUGCCUACAUUUGGCUCCCCAACUAUGCAUACAACUACUCCCCCUGCUGUGCAAGUCCAUAGCAAUCGUUUCCUGCUGCCUGUUGUUGGUCAGUCGAAGCCACUUUGUUUUGAUGUUCCUGUUCCUCACAAACUCAGACUCCUGCAGGAUUCAGCUUCAGAGUUCUCUAUGAACGGAGAGUCUUUGAGUGAACAAAAUGGAUUCCAUCAAAUUGCUAUUCAUUACAAAACUAACCAUCACUUGAUAAUAAGCACAAAGUCUAUCAGUUACCGUAAUGGCCAGGACAAUGUUGAGAUUCUGUGGGGCCAGGAACUGAGCCAACACAAUACAGAUGGUGUGUCUCUGGUUGUCCUGGAAAAUGAACUGAAUGUUACCAUGGGAAAUAUUGGUGUUGUUAUUAUUUCUCAUAAGAAAGAUGGGGUCAUGUUUUUGUGGCCUGCCAUUUGGAAAUAUCCAAAAGAUGUCAACCUGACAGGUGUUUUAGGAAAGCCUGAUAUUUCAUAUGUGAAGACUAAAGGAUCACAAACACCAACUCUUAAGAUGAAGGACAAGGAGGUGAAGACAUCUUUGGAGACUGUCAGCGAUUACAGAUUACAUUCAACUCCUAUUCAAGAAUUCUGGCUUGUCCCAUUCCAGGCUGUGAUGGAGGCAGAGAUUUCUGAUUUCACUGUCACUCAGCUGUAGAGUUGACAAACAGUGUUUCUUUUGAUUUUGAUGGUUCAUGUUAAGUAAAUGCUUCAACGGUUUAAUCCUACCUGGCCUAGGAAGCCUUACUUAUAAUUGUCUUAAGUAUAUUGUUUGCUUGAUAUGCUGAUUUUUUUUGUUUGUUGUAAAUCCACUUCAGCUGCCUUUCCAGGGAUUAAUCCAGAUUGACUCUUAAUAAAUACAAAUUCUCAUGUC